AUGCACGUCAAUCAAGUUUAUGUAGAGCUUGUUAAUGUAAGUAAUGGACCACACAAAUGGUGGCAUCACCGCUGGGUUAAAAUAAUCGGCAUUUCCGUUAUUAUUUUAAUAGUUUUUGCUGUUAUUCUUACUCUGUUAUUAAACUUCGUCGUCUUUGCACCGGAGAAAUCAGAACCUAGUACCACCACCACCACAAGAUCAUCAUCACCACUAACAACAACAACAGUAUCAACACCACCGUCACAAAUAACAACAUCACUGAUGACACCAACCGCAACUUUACCACAAACAACAACAACAACAACAUCACUGGUGACAUCGACCACAACUUUAACACAAACGCCAUCUACGACGACAACUCAGCAGUCUGAAUGGUCUGCUACCGGUAAUAUGAAUAAUGCACGCUAUCAUCACACAGCAUCUGUAUUAUUAAAUGGAAAAGUAUUAGUUACUGGAGAAAUUGAUAAUAACGGUGUUUUAAGUAGUGCUGAGCUGUAUGAUCCAUCAACAAGUAUUUGGACAACGACUGGUAACAUGACAAAUGCACGACAACAACAUACAGCAUCGGUAUUUUCGAAUGGAAAAGUAUUAGCAACGGGUGGUAUCAGUUUUUUCGGUAGUUUUUUAAAUAGUGCUGAGUUGUAUGAUCCAUCAACAGGCACUUUGACAACUACUAGUAACAUAACUAAUGCACGAUAUUAUCACACAGCAUCUUUAUUAUUAAAUGGAAAAGUAUUAGUUACUGGUGGAUCCGAUAGUAACGCUAAUGCUUUAAAUAGUGCAGAAUUAUAUUAA